CCGGAAGUGGCUCCGGGGGCGGCGGCGGCGCCCGGUGCGGCCAUGGAGGGCCACUCCCCCUUUGCCCAGGUGAUCGCUCACCUGUCCGAGGAGGAGGAGCAGCCAGGUGAGGAGGAGGAAGGGACAGGUGAGGAGGAGGAAGGGACAGGUGAGGAAGGAACAGGUGAAGAACCAGGUGAGGAGGAAGCUCCAGGUGAGGAAGACCCAGGUGAUGAAGAAGAUCCAGGUGAGGAAGAAGAUCCAGGUGAUGAUGAAGAGCCAGCUGAUGAAGAUGCAGGUGAUGAAGAUCCAGGUGAUGAAGAUGCAGCUGAAGACCCAGGUGAUGACGACGAUGAUGAUGAUGACGAAGAAGGCCCAGGUGACCAAGACCAGCACCACCAGCCAGGUGCGUCCCUCCAGGUGCGCCCCUCUCCGGGCGACCCCUCCCACCUGCGCCGGCCCCGCCUUUACCUGCGGCCACGCCCGCCCCCGGCCGAGCCCGGCCCCUCCCACCUGCAGCCGCCCUGGCCCCGCCCAGGUGCGCCGGGGCUCGCGGCCGCCUCACCUGAGCCAGGUGAGGCCACGCCGGGCUUCGUGCAGCUCAUCGACGAGCGCGGCGUCUACUCCACCGCCAAGCUGGUGCUGGGCGGCCGCUCAGGUGCGCCAGGUGAGGGCGAGGAGGAGGAGCAAGCCCCGCCAGGUGAUGAGGAGGAUGAUGAAGAAGAGCUGCCGGCUCACCUGGAGAUCCGGCAGGUGAUCGUGGCCGAGAAGCCCUUCCAGUGCCCCGUGUGCCACAAGGCCUUCAAGCGCACCUGGGAGCUGCUGAGCCACCAGGUGGUGCACACGGAGGCGCGGCCCUUCACCUGCCACCUGUGCCGCGCCACCUUCAAGCGCCACUCGGACUUCAAGAGCCACGCGCUGGUGCACACGGAGGAGCGGCCGCACCGCUGCGAGCUCUGCGGCAAGCGCUUCAAGCGCUCCUCCAACCUGCAGGAGCACCGCCGCAUCCACAGCGGCGAGCGCCCCUUCGCCUGCCCCAGGUGCGCCAAGGGCUUCAAGACGCCCUACGAGCGCCAGCGCCACGCCCUCACCCACCUGGCGGCCGACAAGCCCUUCAGGUGCGGCGACUGCGGCAAGGAUUUCCCGGCGGCCAACGCGCUGCUGCUGCACCGGCGGCACAGGUGCCAGGACAAGCCGCACACCUGCGGCGUCUGCGGCAAGCGCUUCACCUACGGCCACUCGCUGAAGGUGCACGAGCGCGUGCACACGGGCGACCGGCCCUUCAGGUGCGCGCUCUGCGGCAAGGCCUUCAAGCAGAGCAACGCGCUGGCCUCGCACGAGCGCGUGCACACGGGCGAGCGCCCCUUCGCCUGCCGCACCUGCGGCAAGGCCUUCAAGCAGUCCUCCUACCUGGCCAUCCACCAGCGGGCGCACACGGGCGAGCGGCCCUACGGCUGCGAGGCGUGCGGCAAGGCCUUCGCCCGGCCCUCGCUGCUGCUGCAGCACCGGCGCGUGCACAGCCCGGCCCGGCCGCACCAGUGCAGCCACUGCCACAAGUUCUUCAAGGACCUGGCGUACCUGGCCGUGCACGAGAAGGUGCACACGGGGGAGACGCCCUACAAGUGCGGGGUGUGCGCCAAGGGCUUCGCGCACCCCUCCAACCUGCUGCAGCACCAGCGCGUGCACCGCGACACCUGAGCGCAGGUGUGGGGCCGGGGGUGCUCACCUGGACAGGUGAGCGCCCGGAAAAGGUGUGGCGGCGUCACCUGAGCCCCGUGGGUGAAGCCCCAGGUGAAAGGACUCGGUACCUGUGAGCCCGGACAGGUGUGGACCCAAAAAUCUCCUGUGCACCCUGGAAAGGUGUGGCAGCAACACCUGGACUGCCACACCUGAGCCCCAGGUGAGGGCACUCCAGAUCUGUGAGCCCGGCAGGUGUGGACCCCAAAAUAGGGGUUUUGGACCCCAAAAACUGCAGCAGAAAGACCUGGACCGUGACACCUGAGCCCCAGGUGUGGGAACCCUGAAUCUGCACCCCAGGACAGGUGUGAGCCUGGAACUGCACACCUGGACAGGUGAGCACCCGAAAAAGGUGUGGCACCUUCACCUGAGCCCCGUGGAUGUAGCCCCAGGUGAAAAGACUCGGUACCUGUGAGCCCGGACAGGUGUGGACCCAAAAAAAGGAUUUUGGACCCCAAAAUCUGCAGCGGCAACACCUGGACUGCCACACCUGAGCCCCAGGUGAGGGGACUCGGUACCUGUGAGCCCAGCAGGUGUGGACCCCAAAAAAAGGGUUUUGGACCCCAAAAAGGUGCAGCAGCAACACCUGGACAGUGACACCUGAGCCCCAGGUGAGGGAAACCCAGAACUGCACCCCACGUCAGGUGUGGAACCCAAAAACUGCAUCAGCAACACCUGGACAGCGACACCUGAGCCCCAGGUGAGGGAAACCCAGAACUGCACCCCAGGACAGGUGUGAGCCUGGAACUGCACACCUGGACAGGAGAGCACCCGAAAAAGGUGCGGCACCUUCACCUGAGCCCUGUG